AAAUGGAAGUCUGCAGAAUCCACAUUGUAGCUUUUCUAGUAACUCUUUAUUUGUCCUGUUUUUGCGCUGCUCACGGUUGGGGAAUCGACGGACAUCUCAUUACCUGCAGACUUGCUCAGACUAGGUUGAGUAAAUCGGCAGCAAAUGCAGUUUCCGAACUAUUACCAGCUUAUGCCGAUGACGACCUUGCCAGCUUGUGCUCGUGGGCCGAUCGUGUCAAGUUCCGCUAUCACUGGUCUUCGCCUCUUCAUUACAUCGACACACCCGAUAAUCUAUGCACCUAUCAAUAUAACAGGGAUUGCAAAGAUGAAGAUGGGGUACAAGAUAGAUGUGUAGCUGGAGCUAUCAACAAUUACACUAACCAGCUUCUCACUUAUGGCACUACUGCUUCUCAAUAUAAUCUGACAGAAGCACUUCUCUUCCUUUCUCAUUUCAUUGGAGACAUUCACCAACCUCUACAUGUGGGAUUUACUUCAGAUAGGGGAGGAAACACUAUUGAUGUUCAUUGGUACACUAGAAAAUCAGUUCUUCAUCAUGUGUGGGAUGAUAACAUUAUCGAGACAGCUGAAGAAAGGUUCUACGAUUCUAAUGUCGAUGAACUGAUUAACGCACUCGACAAAAACAUAACGACAGUAUGGGCUAAUCAAGCGAAGGCAUGGGCGGCCUGCAGCAAUACGGCUUGCCCGGAUAUAUACGCGUCUGAAGGAAUUAAAGCGGCGUGUGAAUGGGCAUAUAAAGGAGUUGAUGAAGGUUCAGUUCUUGAAGACGAGUACUUUGUGUCACGUAAUCCAGUUGUGAAUAUGCGGCUAGCUCAGGGUGGGGUCCGUCUCGCGGCUACUCUCAACCGUAUCUUCAUAUAAUACACUGCAGAUAUCGAAUCUGUAAACAAGAUUAUCAUCAUACAGAUUAAUAUCAUGCAAUUGAAAUAUAUAUAUGUCCUAUUGAACUCUACUUUACAUCAUUGCAUAGAGGAUAAAUUUCAUUAGUA